AUGGAUUAAUCAUCCAUAAUUGAUGAAACAAAAUAGUCUUUAGAAUAAUCAAAAAGGGCAGAUUCAACUAUAUCUGAUAAAAUGAAAAGAACUGAAUCAGCUGCACUCAAAUAAAAAAUUAUUAUGUAGAAAUCUUGCAUUUAUUAAAGUUAAGCUUCAUUAGAGAUGUAUAAUAAAACAAAUAUUAAUUUCAUUAAUUCCCUAACAUCAUUUAAUAAAAAAUCAGCGACUUUGAAGAUGAAUUUCAGGAUUUAUGGAAAGAAUCAGAUGAAUUUUUAAGAGAAAAUGGCGAAGUCAUCGAAAAACUUGUUAUGAAACCACUUUGUUCAAAGUAUUCUUAUCGAUCUUCGAAUUUAGAUUAAUUUCAAUCGAUCCUCUAAAAGAUGAAGAAAUUGAAUUUUCAAUAAAAGUAUAUUCAUUUAUUUAAGCUAAACAUCUUAAAAUUGAUGAAAAUAUUGAAAAACAUAAAAUUUUUAGUUCAAUUGUUGAAUGUAUAUUGUUAAUAUAUUUUAGUAAUAUCUAAAAUUGAUAAAGUAGAAACUCCAAAAGAAAAGCUGAAUUGUGUUGUUAAUGCAGGUAAAUAAACGAGUGGUAAUUUAUACAUCCUAUUAACUUAGCUAUUGUUAAUUAAUCAAGUGGUAAUGAUAAUCUUUUACCUAUUUUAAUUUAUGCUAUUCUUAAAGCUUAACCAUAAAAAGCUUAUUCUAAUAUUUUAUUUGUGAAUUAUUAUAGAUCUCCUAAAAGGAUUACUGGAGAGGAUGAAUACUAUUUUACUACUUAUUAAUCAACUCUACUAUUUAUUGAAAAGCUUGAUUAUCAAAAAUUAAAUAUUAGCCAUCAAGAAUUUUAAGAACUUAGCAAAAAAUGCUUAAAUAAAAGUAAAAAUUCUUAAAGUGUAAAUUAAUUUCUAAUCAUAAAUUAGGAAUUAUCUUAAAAUUGGAGUCUUUAAUAUGGAUGCCCAUCAAAAUUAUGUCAAUUUGUAGAUGAUUAAAAUGAAAAUCUAAGAUUUUCAACGAAAAUCUCAUUUUUAUGAGCAAUCAAAAAAAUAUAGAUUAAAAUUCAAUUAAAAUUAGUUAAAUGUACAAUUGUAAAUUAAAUUCAGAACAUUAAUUUGAAUUAAAUCCCUGAGUUUUAUAAUGAAUAUUAGAAUCUAUACAAAAAUCUACUUGAAAUGUAGAAAGAUAUCCAUAAUUUAUAUGAUUUGACAAAUAAAAUAAUUAAAGAAAGUUAAAGUGAAACUAAAAAGGUAGCGACAAAAAAGUUCUUUGGAAUUCUUUGA